CUCAAACGGCUGACGGCCUGACCCCAGGUUUGUUGUACACGCUGUCAGUUGUGUUGCCUUCAAGUACGUCCCCCAAGCUUCAAUGUUGGGGUUUCUACGUGCCAGCGAGAGUCUAGGCUCCCAGUUGGUGUGUCCGUCAUACCGUCGACAUCGAUUAACCGAUCUUCAUUCCUGUUCUCCACUUCUUAUAGUUCGGGAUCCUACGCGCCGGCUACGAUCGUUCGCCACCACGAAGGUAUAUAAUAGGGCUUGGAACAACAAUGGGAACGGAGAUAGAGACUGGCCUGCUGGGGGUCAGAUGAUUCCGCAGGGACUACGUCCCCCGAGCAUCCUGGAGGCUGGUCAUGUUGGCUCGGGCGGUUACGAACCUUCCAGGACUGACUCUCCUGUUGAGAGCUCGCAUUCUCUUGAGGCAGAGUUCAAUGCUAUCCUCGGAGACGGCCAGCCAGAUCAAGUGAUGGAUGCUCUCAUUAAUCCUCGCUUUGAGAGCCUAGUUUGGUCAAUGCCGCAGAGUACCUUUGUCGAAGCCUUCCAUUUGCUUUCCCCAGCUUACUUUAUUGAUCCUUAUCGGGAGAUCCAUCGUCCACUCCACCCGUCAGCCGUUGAUCUCAAGCAGUACCGAUCGCUGGACUCGAUUUUUGACGAGUUCACCAAUAACCUUGCCGCAAUCCUACAUAAGAGACGGUCGGCAGGCCAACCCGUGGGCCUGGCUGAGUACACACACCUUCUCGAUUGCGCACGCUCAAUGGGCGAUGCCAUGAUGGCAGACUAUAUCUGGCAUGCGAUCAGGGAGGAAGAACUUGUGCCCGACGCUCAGUGCUAUAGCCUUUACAUGGAGGCAAAGGUCUGGGACAAAGCCUAUACCGGCCUGGAGAAGUAUCGCACGAGACUGACCCCUUACCUUUAUCGGAAAAGGCGGUUUUUCACUCCCAACACCGGAUGGCAAGGGUACGGUACUGCUGGCCGGAGUGUGAGAAAGGAAGUGCUGCAAAUAUUCAACGAGAUGACACUGGAGGGUACCCCAGGAAGUACAACCGCCUUCGUAAAUGUCAUCCUUGCGUCAAGCCGCGUUGGGCAUCUGCAAGGAAUCAAGAAUGUGCUGCACACCGUCUGGAACAUUGAUGUCGACGCACUGCUGGAACAGGUCGAUGAGUCGAUACUCCCCGAGGUGGUCCCAUACGACCGAUCCUCGCCGCUGUACCCCACAAACCACCUCCUAUUUGCGAUAGCUCAUGCGUUCGGCACGAAUAACGACAUCCCGGCUGCUCUGCGAACAAUAGAUUUCAUCUCCAACAAAUAUGACAUCCCUGUCCCAGAGAAUGUUUGGCUUGAGCUGUUCGAGCGAUCGUUUGUUUUGUCCCGUCCGAGAUUUGGUCCAGAUGCAGAAAGAAAUGCGAAAGGCAAGGUUUCUUAUGACUUUCUGAACACUAUGUUCGAAACCAUGACAGCCGAACCUUUCAACGUGCGUCCCACAAUAGAGGUUCAUCAUAUACUUGCUAAGACUGCAUGGGAUCGCGCCCGGUUGUCCGAGUUCCAACGUCAUAUGCGAGCUGCGUAUGAGAUUUUGAAAGAGACUAGAAGGAAACGAAGGACUGCGAGGUCGAUAAUAGAAGCCUACUUGGGACACUCCAAAGCACACAGAGUGGGGGUUCACCCGACACUUCUCAGGUCGCGAGCCUUUGCAGAUGCUGUGCACGCAUAUGAUAUCCUUCGACUGCGCACAUUUCAGCAGACUACUAUCAUGGAGCGUCUUGCAAGGCUCUUGCUGAUCCACCAUCGUUGGGUGGGUCGUGACAACCCAGCAUGGGAACGAAGCAUUCUUCCGCGGGCGCUUGAAGAAUGGCGAGACUUCCUACCUGAAUCUCUCUCAUACGCCAUGCGCGGGGGCCUUGUACAAUUCCAUGGUGCCACCUUCUGGGGCCAGCGUAAUAUAAGGCGCCAUAGAAAUGUACCGGUCCGGCGGCCAGCUUUGGAUACCGAUGUCGAGCUAGAAGAUGAGGCAAACGAGCUUGACGAUGAUUCCUUCUGGGAGGAUUAUCGGCAAUCUGCACCGCACCUUGACCUGACUUCCCCACCGCUGAAGCGGCUGUUUGGAGCGAUGCAAGAGAGCGACGAAGCGAGUGGCUAUAUGGCUGAUGAGCAAGACGAAUUUCUGGCUGACGAGCUGGGUUACGAAGCUGAGGCCCCUGGUGCUAGGGAAGUUGUCAGGAUGCCAAAACGAAAGCGCGCUACUACCAGAAAGCGCCAAACAAACGAAGUCGACGAUGCCUUUGACACAACUCCUGGUUAUCUCUCGUGGACUUGAGACCUUGGACCUUCACCCCUUUUCUUUGUUCUCUUGUCUUUUCAACUUCCAUUUUCAAAUUGCGUGCUUUUCAUACCCUCUUACCUUGCAAGACUCCUGCAAAAGUCAUCCGUUCCCAGAACUGCUUUUCUUCGAUAUCUUUCUUCACGUCCUGAGCCUUGGCUAUGCGAGACCUGUGACGAGCUGCUUUCCGUUAUGAUACCUCAUGUUUGCACAUAUUGUCGUACCUGAGCGGAUACCCUGUCCAUGGUGACAUGUUACGAACUGAGUUUAUGAGUGCUUCUGCACAGUUAUAUUACUUUGCGAUUUAUGCAUCGGACAUUGAUAUGGUUGCUAUAUUAGUUUAGGGUACAGUAGUCAGCAAUGGCCUUCAAGACUAGCACUUAAACAAAGGUCAGGGGAGGCGAGAAGGAGCAUACCUAUACAUUAGAGUCCUCAGCCCCCAGGCACGUCUCAGACGAUAUCAGUCCAACAC